CUGAAAUCGGCCCCCGCACGUCAUAUUUACAAGAACAGCCCAAAUCCCCACUGCCCGUACCCAGGGCAAUCUAAUUCUAAUCCCUAGCGAUCCGAUCGACCAAGCUCCACGAACAUACGGAAUCGCCGCCGCCGCCGCGUCUCAUGGCCAACCAUGGGGAUCUCUCCCCGCCGACCGACAGCCGCUCCCAGCAGCAGCCGAUUCCAGUCUUGUACCAGUCACGGUACGCCAAAACACCAGAGGGCACUCCGCUUUCCUUUGUACUCUACUACACGCCACUUCCUCCAAGUGCUGCGGCUACUCCGAGCCCCGUGCACCAAGAUGGAGCCACAAAGGUGCUCUGCUUGACCCGCAUGUUUUCACCCGAUCGGCUCGCGGACGAUGUGUAUUACCGCAACUUUUGCUGGUGGAUGGCAGUAGAAGGGCGGAGACACGGCGGUAAACUGGUGAGAACCGUGGUCCCACGGCCUGACCCCAGCGGCGCUCCGGUCGCCGGAGUUGGCAAGGUGUUUCUCGAGUACGCGGAUCUCGACAGCUCAACACAUUCAAAGACGAUGUUGCACUUGACGUGGUUUCGCGGGAGGCAGGUGUUUGCCGUGUUCUACCCUGAGGACAAGUUUGCUCAUGGCAACUACGACAGAUAAAACGUGAUUAUUCCCCUGUGCAUGCAUGCUCAAUCAUUGUUAUCAAUGCACACAGUGUGGCUUUUACGGUCGAUAUGCUGUCAAUGACAUUGAUCUAUGUAUGGGCUCGCCGGUUUUGCUCUUCUCACGAUAGGGAGCCUCUCCACUCCUGGAUGAAUUUCCUAAUUUCCCGCCUAAGCGGGCUGUAAUCUACUAGUUGUGUUCAUGUUUUCUUUCUGUUACCCACCUUGUAGCCUGCUGCUGAUGGCCUCGGCCUAACAUUAUGUAUGGCUGCCCAGCCUCUUCGAGUUGGCAAUAUAAACCUGUGGACAAAUUUGUGCUGUUA